CUUCACAGGAACGAAAUUGUAAAAAUAAUCCGUGAUCGGGUCCCGUCCGCGAACUUCUUUCCGAAACAGUGAACUUCCACCCCCAAGAACCUAAGAAGAGUCUUUCUCCGCCACAACUCAGCGGUUAAACCUGAUUGACAUCUCUGGUUCUCCAGCUCAACAGACAAAAUGAAGCACUUGGCCGCUUACCUCCUCCUCACCCUCGGUGGCAACACCGCCCCCUCUGCCGCUGAUGUCAAGGCCGUCCUUGAGUCCGUUGGCAUUGAGGCCGACUCCGAGCGCCUUGACAAGCUCAUCUCUGAGCUCGAGGGCAAGGACCUCAACGAGUUGAUCGCUGAGGGUUCCUCCAAGCUCGCUUCCGUCCCCUCCGGCGGUGCUGCUGCCCCCGCUGCCGGUGGUGCCGCUGCCGCUGCUGGUGGCGCUGCUGAGGAGAAGAAGGAGGAGAAGGUUGAGGAGAAGGAGGAGUCCGACGAGGAUAUGGGCUUCGGUCUCUUCGACUAAGCGUCUCAUACCACUGUCCGGUAACAUGGCAUGGUAUUUUCCGAGAAACCUUGACGGAUUGUACACGCGGUUCGAACGUCACCUGCAUCACAUUCGCCUCGACGGCGGCAGCAGAGCUGGAGUUCUUGGGAUUACAAGGGCACGUCUUUCAUAAGGGCGUCAAACGGCACAUAGGCGGAACAAUACAA